UAUUUUUUGGCUGUUGACCAAUGAGAGAGGUGGUUACAUGAGUGGUAGAGAAGUGGCGCUCACUGCUAAGUUAUUAUGAAAGGUUAAAACAGUAUCAUCCGUCAGCACUUCAGUGGAAAUAAGCCACUUCGCCUGACUUUUUUGGUUAUCUUAGGUACCACUGCUGUCGGUUGUCUCUGCAAGUUACAGAGUUAGGAAGUUGCCCAGUUAAUAGACAGUCAGAACUGACUGGUUAUCAUUAAGAAUUUUAUUAGUACUGUAGCAGCAUUGUGGAAAAAGAAACAAUGUCAGAGCAUAAUGUACCCAAAUUGCAAGUAUCACAAGACUGAUAAACAGGCAAUCUGUCUCAAGAGAAAAAGGAAAGGUUCAGAAUACUGUGAGAAUAAUGUGAAGAAGCUGAGUUCAAGUAAAAAUGAAAACAUGUCUGAAAAAGAUAUUCCCGUAAAAUAUCCACGUAAGGAAUUACUGGCAGGAAAACAGCUUGUUCUUAAGGCUGUGACAGAAUUACUUACAGCUGACGAAGUCUUUUUUGAUGUAGAAACAACAUCCUUAAAAUGGAAUAGUGAUAUCAUACAGAUUGCUGCAGUGUCUAAAAAUGACAUUUUUGAUGAAUAUAUCAUUCCAAGCCAAUUAAUAGUCCCUAAGGUAUCAGAUAUUACAGGAAUCACAUUUUAUGAUGGAGUUUUUGCCAUUCAUGGCCAUCCUCUUGAGGCAAAAGCUCGAAAAGUUGCUGUUCAUAAUUUUUUGAAGUGGGUGGAAUCAAAAUCUCCUGUUCUUCUUUUUGCCCAUAAUGCCAAGUUUGAUUAUACCCGUUUCUUCCAUGCAAUUGACAAAGAAGAUCUUGUGAAACAAUUUCAGAAACACAUAAUUGGAUUUGUUGACACUUUAGAAGUGUUUAAAACUGAGUAUCCAGGAUUAGUUUCAUACAAGCAAGACAGGCUAGUGGAAAAAUUCCUUAAGAAGUUUUAUGACUGUCACAAUGCUGUGGAAGAUUCAAAACUUCUUCAAGAGUUAUACAAUACUACUCGGCCUCAUGGUAAUGCUAAGUUCUGCACCUUCACAUCUGCUUAUGAUAGUGGAUUUGUGAUUCAGCAAUGCAAGAUGAAAACAGAAACUUUUCGAUCAAUGAUUAGGAAGAAGUAUGUAUCGGGUGUAUGGCAAAAAAAUGGCAUAUUCAGGACUAACUCUUGAAGAUUUGCAUUGUGUGUAUGAGAAGGAUGGGAAUGAUGGAUUAGUGGCACUCCUUAGUGGGGAUGAAGCAAUGGGAAAGCCUUGUAUCACAAAGCAUAAACGAAUCAUUAACAGUAUAAUUUCAUACUUGCAUAAAUUUAAAUCCAAGUACGUAAUUGUAUAAUACUAGUAUUGCCUAUGUGCAGCUAAAGGAGCAGACCUAUGCUCAUGGUGUCCUGGCAUCAGUACUUUGUUCAAAUACUUUUUUUUUUUUAAAUUUGCAAUGGUCAGUUGAAGCACUACGUACUUCCUCUUCAUUCUAUUCGUCAAACCACCUUGCAAAAAACUUUUCCAGUGUGCUUUUGGUUCUUUAUCCCAAUUUAUAUCUGUGGCCUCUUGUUGCCCUGUUGUAGGUGUUAAGGCUGUAUGACCCUUGUGGGUUUAGUGAUUAGUUUUGAUUAUAAUAAUGUAGGCACUAAGAAUUCUAAUUCAUCUAGUGUUUUCAUGUCCUUUUAUAACUUAGUAUGUAGCUACCAUGUCAUCUUUUUUCUAUUAGCCAGUGUGGGCAUCUGUAGCAUUUUUAGCAUUUCAUUAUAACUCUUAAUUAUUU